AGUGGAGGUGGUGACUUUUCUACGGCCCAUGGGCCGGGGCCACGGCCCACCUGAAUGGGCCGCGGCCCAUUAUCAAUGGGCCAUGGCCCAUGGGCCGCGGCCCAUCAGGUAAUAUGCCGCGGCCCAUCAGGUAAUGGGCCGCGGCGCAUCAGGUACCGGUAAUGGGCCGCGGCCCAUCAGGUACCGGUACCUACCGUACGGUACCGGUAAUGGGUCGCGGCCCAUCAGUUUCGCGGCAGAUUUUUAAGACUGAAUGAGCCAGUAGACUAUCGGUCUGUCAGUACCGCACCGUACCGGUAUUAAAUGUGCUGUUUUUCUGUAUCAGUCCAGUGUACUGACAGACCAGCAGACUGAGAUGUUUAAAUUCUGAGUUACCUGUACCGGUAACAGAUUUAGCUUUUGAGCAGGCUGGUGCGGUACCGGUAUCAAGUCUAACGUUAUACUGUUAUAGCUGUAACUUACCGGUACCGUACCGUAUCGGUACUGUAUUUCAGUACCGGUACCGGUAUUUUGUAUUCAAUCUGUCAUUAGCAUCUUUUGAUUCCGUGAUUGUUUUACAGAAAAGCAUUGGUUAAAAAUAUAUUCUGGUAUUGGUCUAUCGUUUUUAAAAUUAUCAUGACUGAGACAUGUUUCAAAGGUCAAUCGAAGGUUGAGCUUAUGGAAGAGUUAGUGAAUUGCUAUGUUGGUACCGGUACCGGUAUUUGUCCAUUUUGUACUGGUGUUAAAGGAGAAGAUUCCUUCAUAAAAAAUCAUUUGAAGCAUUGUCAUAUAGACAAUGCAGUUUCAUUUCUCAACGUUCUGAUUCUUCCUUGUCGAAAAGAAGAAUGCUAUAGCAGAAGGAGCAAACAAGAAUCAUAUCGAAGCCAUUUCCACUGUCCUUUCUGUUUUAACGUUUACGGAAGAAAAGCACAUAUGCUGCGGCAUCUGAACAGAUUAAAUGGAAAAUGUGGUGAAGUCAAAGGUAGGCAGUCUUGGAGUGCGAAGUCGCAAAAUGUUGAUUCGAAAGGUAAACAUAUCAAUGAUGAAAAAAACCGGCAUGAAAACAAUCUUGAAAGAGAGUAUACGCAUGAUGAGCGCAGUAAUUCCAAUACAGAUCACUUCAAUACCGAAAAAAAUAGAAACUGUAAAGAGAAAAGAGAAGAAAAUUCAAUCAGUCAUGAGUGUCGUUUUUGUGGGAUAAAAUUCUUACAUCUCAUCACAUUACGCCGCCAUGGCGAGUCUGCGCAUUCGAUAAAACAAAACAGCCGUCCAAGUAUCUGUGUUGAUAAAAAUAGAGGAAUUUACAUGGUGGCAUAUUCAUGUAGUGGGUUGUUAGCCCCCAUUCAUGUUCAAAAAAACAUUGAGAAAGGUCUCAUAUCUUGUGAGAGUGACGAAUGCAAGCAUAUUGUGAAGUUAGCGAUGAAGGCUGGUAAUCCUGCCUUCGAAUGUGAACAUUUAAGAGAGGUACAGUUUUCUCAGCCAUGUAAUAUUCAGCCAUUGGACAGAGCUUUUCUUUCUAGUUUGAUUAAAUGGAAUGUAAUAGAUUCAAGAAGAGAGCAAGAAUGCAUCAACGUCUGGAAUAAAUGUAUACUUGAGGGUGAAAUUUUGAUAGCUUAUGCGGAUUUUGGCGCAUUGGGAUACGCUAAGAGGCAAAGAUAUUUUUCAGUUUUUUCUGACGUGUCGUAUUUUUGUCCCCUUGGUCGCCUCAGAGUGACUUUUGAUAAUGAAAACGGGCGAUGGUCUUGUGUGUGUCCUUUAUCUGGAGAUGGAAAAUCAUGUCUUCAUGAAAUCAUUGCCAAAUGGUUUUUAUGUCAGUACAAUCCAGAAUUGUUCAACAAGAUAUCUAAGAGAACCUCUAACAAUGAUGGUGCAAAUCAGGAUGAAAAGUUUAUGAUGGAAUACAUCAUGAAAAAAAAAAUGAUUCCAGCAGAAAUUAAAAAAGAAUACAUGGAGUGCUCGCUUCCUAACACCUUCUCUCCCUGUGAGAACUUGUGUCCCAGGUGUAGUCAGGACCUUGAAGUAUUCAAAAAAUUCAAAGCUACAGUAUAUGGAUUCGGAACUCAUUUCACAGGUGUUGAAGUACUGUUGAAACGUUGUACAGCUUGUAAUUUGAAUGUAAGAUUUCAGGAGUACAAAUCAGGAUAUCACAAUUUUAACAACACAACAUUGUUGUCCCUGAAGCUUUGUGUGCACAUUUUGAACAGCAUAAAGAAUCAUAUUGCCAUAUCCGCAUGCUUGAAGACAUUAUUUCUUGACCAGGAAAAUAUCCAGGAGAAUGUUAUUAGAAAUGCGUUUUACCAUUUCUGUGCCCUUCAAGACCAUCAAUAUACAUUUAGCUGCUUAAAAUGUGGUGCUUUUCCCUCAAUUUUAAUCGGAGAUGGAAAUUGGAAAAAUACUUGUUUGAAAGAUAUUGAAUCAGUCAAAAGGCCAACUGGAAUAGUGAGCGAAAGUAUUGAUUGUGAGAGUAGUUGGUUGAGUUAUAAAAAAGAAAUAAUUGGCCGUGGGAUUUGCGAAAGAAAUUCUGCAAAUCCGUGGACAGUUGCAAUCAACUACCACACAAUUUCUCCAUGGCUUGGUAAAAAAUCAAGAAUUUCAGAUGAUGUAAUUAAUACUGAAUCACAAAAAGGAGAGCUGUUGUUUGAGAAACCCAAAUCCGGUCCUCUGUCCCAUCAAAAUGUGACACACGAAGAUAUUCUGAAAACUCUCCACGGUAAAGACAAGAAUCUUGAUUCGUUGAAAACUUUAUGUGCAUCCCUUGGAGUGAGCAAUAAAGGCAGCAUGGAUGAUAUAAUAAACAGAUUAAACGAAAUUGUGCUAUUCAAAGAGAUUCACCCCAAGCUUUAUAAAAAUAUCCAGAAGUGUGGAGGAGGAAUAGUACAUUUCAGAUGUACUCAUGGUGUCUGCUACUUUAUGAAGUAUUUACUCCGCCAGGAAAGUGCAAGGGAUCAUGUCGAUGGUUUAUUAUCUUUCAUACGUCAGCCCAAUGUUUAUAUUUCAGACAUAGCAUCACAGGUUGCUCACCAUGGGGAAAAUAGAAAGAAUGGCCUUUUCUACCCUUAUAAGGGUAUGCUGUAUGAGUACAGUGAAGAAAACUUAAAGGCAUUAGAUCAAGGGAAAUUGCAGCCUGUGAUGCUAAACAUCAAUCAGAAUCCUGAUAAAUUUUAUAGUUUAUUAGACAGAUUUCACACUAAGUCAAAGAAGACAAGCGCAGAAAAGGAAUUCCGUAAUCUCAAAAAUUGCUUAGAUAUGAAAGUUAACACCAGUAUUGCUGAACAGCAAAAUGCACAGAUGGCCCGGGACAGAUAUUUCGUUUGUUCGAUGUCUACUGUGAACUUUAUGUUCAUUAGUAGACUGACCUUGCAUCUACAAAAUGAAGCAUUAAAUAGUAAGUUUGUACAUCAUCUGAAACGUUGCUGUGGUGAUUUUGAAGUUGAUGAGCAAGGUAUUGCAGUACCAGUUAUCAAAGAUCGCAGACUGCUUUCGACACAGACAAAACAACAAUCCACGGAGAUAUCACCCUCACCAACUGCUGCGAAAGAUGAAAUGAUAGAACUAGAACAACCUUUUGUUACAGACUGGCAUCUGCCUCAUCCUGCUGAUGACAAACUUCCAUCGCAGACUUCUGUGGUAGCUGAAGUUUCAUCGAAGAAGUUCGACGAUAAGUCAAAAAGCAAUGAGGACCUGAUUGAAAUGAAGGCACUCUCGAAUGAAAGAACUAUUCGGUUGUUCAAGUUGGACGAAAAGGAUCUGCCAGAAAUCAUAAUUGCAGCAUAUGCUGAAAGAAAGAUUUGGUUGAAAGGAUUUAUGUCCUUAAAACCACACUCCUGGAUUAUGGACGAAGCAAUCGAAAUUUACAUAGCAAUAGUGGCGUCGCAAUGCACCAAAAAAGUUUACAUCAUGGACUCCUUUUUAACAAAAAACAUCUUAGAGCGUAAUAUGUCGGUGCUUUCUCGGCAGUUGCUUUCAAAGGUAUCAUUCUCGGAUUAUGAACUUAUUGUCGGGAUAUGGAAUGUCAAUAAUGAACAUUGGAAACUUUUGGUGAUCAACACUACUGAUUAUAUCGUUUAUUUAUUGGAUCCUAUUGGAAGUAACUUGGAUGAGAGCAAACAAGCCGAAAUAAGUGUUAGUGAAUAUCUGAAGUUAAGAGAGAGAAUGGGAGUUUUGGAGACAGAUCUACAGUUCAAAAGUGGGAUAAUUGAACAUCCCAAACAGUCUGACGGUUUCAGCUGUGGGCUGUUUGUGAUGAAGAUUGCAGAAAGUGUAUUAAAUAAUGGAUUUGGUAACAUUAGUUUUCGAUCUACAUUAAACGAUUUAGCUCAGUACAGACACGAUAUAGCGGAAAAGAUCUUGGAAUUUUCUGAUAUGAAAGAUGUAUGCAGCAUAUGUGGCAGCGCAAUAUUUCAUGGAACUUGGCUGGGUUGUGAUGAAUGCAACCGGUGGUAUCAUUCAGACUGUUUGGGAUACUCAAGAAAGAAAGCAAAUGAAAUAAUCAAAAAAUGUUGGAGUUGCCUGCUAUGCACAAGCCUGUCCACCAAAUAAAAGGAAAGUUUUUGCAGUAUAACAAAGAGUAAGUCUUGAUGUGAGCAUAUGCUCGGAUGGGUGCUGUAUUUGUGAUAUUUCAGAGUGCAUAGGUUGGGAGUGUGAAGCAGAGUUUUUGGACCUCCAGAAGUAUGCGCACCAAGAUAGCGCACAACCUGAACAUGGUAUGCGUGUACCGGUUAGAAUUCAUGUUGUGUGACAUCUUCGUGCUCACACUUCUGGAGCACCGAUUUUUUUAUGAAACAGUCACCUUGAAUAAAGCCUAAUAUUUCUUCAUUAUUCAUCCUUUUUUGUUCCAUGUAUUUUCAAAAACGGGCAAUUCCAUCAUUAUUUUCAUUUCUUUCAUUACAUCUGAGCAAAUUUUUAAAUUUCAAACUGACUUAAACCUAAUGCUUUUUAUAAGUAUUCAAGUCGCAUUGUUACUGGUUGUAGAUGGCAUUGGGGCUGUGACUCAGACACCAUAGAGAUGGCAAUACUAUGGAGUUCAUUCACAAAACACCGUUGCUUGUGUUACAGAAAAAGGACACAUAUUUUGUCCUUUUGUCCAUCCAACUUUGUGAUGCUCCCAAUCUCAAGAUAUUAAGACCAACUGACUACAUUUUGCCAUGUCAAUAGGUAAUAUAAUUCAGUUAUAAAACCACAAAAAAAUCAGGUGUAAAACUUUUGCCUGAAUAGUAAAAUUUUCAGUCGGAACCAUAAAUGGUUCGUUACAAUCAUGGUCCGAUUUUUGUUUUAAUGGAGGUUAUAUUACCGGUAAGUCAAUAUUCGACAUAUAAUUUCCAUUGGUUUAAACUUUUGAAUUAUAAAUCCAUGGCUAGAUGACACACAACAGUCGCAAUUUGGGCUUGCCAGAUAUGAUGAAAUAUUGAAUAAUACUAACUUAUUUCUGUUACAUUGUUCAAGUUAUAGGCUAAUAAAAAUGUUAUUUGAUCUGAUAAUUUUCCAUUCGCUGUUGCUUUACAUGUAAAUACUA